AUGAAUUCCGACGUUAGCGUACAAAUUAAAGACGAAGAUGAUAUUAAUUGGGACGAAAUAACGGAUGAUAAAUUACAAGAUUUAUUAGUUAAUAUGGUGCGAAUGAAAAUGAUAUUGGAUUUGGAAAAUGAUUUUUUCUAUAGAUACCUCCAACGAAAUGAUCCAGAAUCGUUAAAAAAGAUAGAUGCAGUGUCUGUUAGUGAUACAUCAAGAGUAAACGGUCCGAAAAUCACGAGCCAUGGAACAUCGUCAUCGCCGACAAGUAGCAAUAUUAGCGUACGUGAUAGAGGUUCACCAAGUAUCUGGAGUAUGCAGUCUGGUAUUCGACGUGGAAUGUUAGAUCCAAUGUUGAGAAGACUGAGGUGGUUUAUCAAAAAUUCGCUAAAGUCGAUGGAAAAAACUAUCGAGAGAAUUAGAUUGAAGAAUACCGUGAUCAAAUCACAAAUCAUAAAAGCAAAGAAACAAUUGAUUCAAAGAGAACAACUUGGUGAAGAUCUUCGUCCUGUUGAUUUCUACCAAUUAAAAAUACAACGUGAUGAAUACAGAAAAAGAAUCAGACAGUGUGCAGUAUAUAUUCUUCAAAUAAAAAAAGUUAUAGGUCAUUAUAAUACGGCACUGACAAAACAUAAAAGGAAACUGGGACAUCUUACGAAUGAAUUCAAUUCGAUUGUAACAGAAAUUAAUUCUAACAAACUUCAAGCGAAAGAUUUAGAGUUGAAAUGUUUAAUGAAUAAGACAGAAAUAAAAUUUGCUGAAAAACAAGUAGAAUUAUUGAAGACAUUGAUGGAUAAUUACGAAGUGCCAACAAUUUUAGAUCUCGUCAAAUUAAAAAAGGAGCUUCGUACUUUAGAAAAGACAUUCACAAAUUUGAAAAGAUAUGUAAAUGUUGAAGAGAUAAAUAUUCGUGUAAAUACUGAAUAA